AUAGUAGAUUAGUUCAUCAUCGAAGAUGUGAUUAUGCCUAUACGUAUAUUUCUCAGAAAAUUAGAAUAAUUAUAAUUCUAAAACCGACGGGAUUUAUUAGUAGAGGCGCAAAUAAGAUAAAAAAGGAGGAAAGACAACCGGACGAAACUUUUGCCAAAUUGAGCGAAGACUUAAGAACAUUCUUGUGGGAGCUCCUGGCUUGCACGGGUUCGUGUGACAGAAUAAGGAAGAUUGAUUUCUGGUUGAAACACGGCCAAUUCCUCGAAAUUCUUGAAGGAGAAAGGCGAGAGCUGGUGUUCUCCUCGUAUUCAGUAAGAUAGUGCCCAAGCCUAAAUUUCACUCAUGGAGAACAAUGGUAGCAACUCUGGCUUCAAUAUGGAGUCCUUAUGUAGUGCAAGCGGGGACAAGAAGCAGGACCAAAUCCUAUUGCAACCCUUUACCUAUGUCCUCCAAGUCCCAGGGAAGAUGAUUAGAGGGAAGUUAGCCCAAGCCUUCAAUUACUGGAUGAGAAUACCUGAGGAUAAGCUAAUGGUCAUAUCUGAGGUUAUCCACAUGUUGCAUAAUGCUAGCCUUUUAAUAGAUGACAUAGAGGACAAUAGUGUUUUACGACGAGGUAUCCCUGUGGCACAUAGUAUAUAUGGAGUUGCAUCAACCAUCAACUCGGCUAAUUACGUUUAUUUUCUGGGCCUAGAAAAAGUUCUGGCCCUGAAUCAUCCAAAGGCAACAACAGUGUUUUGUGAGCAGCUGCUGGAGCUCCAUCGAGGGCAAGGAAUGGAGAUCUACUGGAGGGAUUCAUUUACUUGUCCGUCGGAGGAAGAAUACAGACAGAUGACCAUACGGAAAACGGGUGGAUUAUUUGGCUUAGCUAUUCGCUUAAUGCAACUUUUCAGUCAAGUUCAGGAUGACUUUUCAAGAAUCACAGGAAUUUUGGGACUGUACUUUCAGAUUCGUGAUGACUAUGCAAAUCUUUGCAUGAAAGAGUAUAGUGACAGUAAAAGCUACUGUGAGGAUUUGACAGAAGGCAAAUUCAGUUUUCCAGUCAUCCAUGCCAUUAAAACCCAGCCUGACGACCAGCAAGUUAUUAACAUCAUCCGCCAGAGACCCAAAGACCUGGAGGUCAAACGCUAUUGUGUGUCUCUUCUCGAGAAGUUUGGCUCCCUUGAGCACACCAAAGAAACCAUGAAAAAACUGGAGGCUGAAGCCCGAGAGGAGAUCACCAGGCUAGGAGGCAAUCCGCACUUGGAGAGAGUGUUGGAUGAGCUCCGGAACUGGGAGAGCCUCUAAAGGCAGGAGGAUGUGUCUCAGAAGCUUAUUUAUUUAUUAUACUAGAAAAUAAUACUUUUUUUGCAGGGUCUCUUUUGUGUUAAGAUAGUUUUGUACUGUAUGUAUGAAGAAAGGAAAUCAGUAGCCAUGGUCAGCUUUUAUCUGUUUUUUUUUUAUUCAUGGAGUGCACAAUGUUUAAUGAAUUAAGCAAGGUAUGUGAUUAAUAUAGGUAGAUUCUAUAUUGGAAAUAUAUUUCUUUCAGUGAAAGAAAACCUUUGAAUAUUGAACCCUAUAUUUACUAGUUUGAUCCUCAAAGUAACAAGUACCUCAAUUUCAUUAUGAUGGUGGAGCAGUAAGUCACCAUCUGGAAGCCUAGGUUCCCUUGGCAUAUUGACUAAUUGGCUCCUUGCUGUAGUUUUUUUUUUUGCAUUUUUUAAAUUGAAAGUUAAAGCUCAAGUUAUUGGGCAUAAAACAUGAUUUCCUUUUAUAGCCAGCUAUAUGGAAAAUUGAAGCAGAUGAAUGGGUCCAGCCAUUCAUAUAAAUUAAAUAUUUUCUUCAAAUAUCAAAAUGUUUCUGAUGAUGCUAUAAAAUCUAGCUUUACUUGAUUGCCAGCAAAAUGGAAAAUUGAUUCAAAUGAAUGGUUCCAAUCACUCAUACAGAUGGAAUAAUUGCUUGAAAUAUUGUCAUAUCACUCUCAUUAUAAACAUUUAAUAAGAUGUUUCUGAUUUCCCUCUCUUUCUGUAGUUAUGCUUGCUGUACCUCUCUUCACCUGAUAUUGAACUAGGAAUUUUACUAAUAAUAAGUAAAGUAGUAGCAGUUUGAGAUAUCCCCUUGUAGUAAAAACCACAGUAAAUUGCAGAUUAGGUUUACAGCAACUGUAGAAUUAGAAAUGCUAUAAUAUUAAACUUUUAGAGGAAAUGGUCUUUAAAUUUUUGAAUUCAACUUCUUCAUCAUUAAUUAUGCAUUGCACAAAUUUUAGAUUUAACCCUUUCCUUACAAGGACGACAUACAAGGUCACUAAUACCUAGUAUGGAAAGGGUUAAGUAUAUAGCUUUGACCACAUGAGCAGGCUAUUUUACUUAUUCAUCUUUAGUUUACUGAAUACUUAAACAGCAAUGCAACAUUGAACUAUGUUUUGGCUAGCUUGCAUGUAUUGCUUUUCCACAGAUAAGUGAUAAAAACAAAAGUGCAUAGAAUUUAUUCAAUUUCCUGUCUAGUCUUCAGAUAAUUAUGCCUUUCAAUCCAGCUUGGUCUGUCCAAAGAAAUUAUUAAAGCAGAAUAGUUCUUUGAUGACCUGGAGAUGGAAUGUAGAAGGAAACGGUCUUCCAGAAAAUAAAUGAAAAAUGAAUGUUUUUCCAGAAUAUAUUUUCCAUCCAUUAGAGUAAGAAGUAGACAGGGAUCUUUUUUUUUAUUCUAAAAUCAGUGCUUCUAGGUUAACACACUUGGCUGUUCACAUCAGUGUUUUUUGUGAAUUAUAUUUGGUUUGACUAUUACAUCUUGAGGUAACAGAUUGAGAUAACAGGUGAAACAAAAUUAAAAAAGUGUACCUGAAAUUGAACUCUCUCCUUACUAAUUGAUUCAAAGAUUGAUUUUGUUGUAAUAUCCUUUCUAUCCGAUAAAUUGAAGGUUUAGGGAAAAUCAGUCAUAUAUAACAUUGUUAUAAAGAUAAAAGAAUCAACUGAACAUUAUACUGGUUUGAUUUUAUUAAGAGGUUAUUAUAUUAUAUUGGCAAUUCAUAACUCUGAUGGAAUAACAUUUAGACUUCAUAGAAUGCUAUUCCUUAUAGAAGGAUUGUAAAAAUUAUAGGUUAUUGCAUAUUACAGUAAAACAGAGUAAUAGAGUCCAGUAGAUUUUAGAUAUAGAAAACCUUUCCUCUUUUUUUCUCUUAAUGCUUGUUACAACUUUUUUUUAUGAAGAAUAAUAUGUAAUUAAUUAUAAAAGGAGAAUCUUAUAUUAUAUUAUGGUGGAACCCAAAAGUCCCAGAUAUAUUGCUUGUAGAGAUCUUUUACUUUGUUGUAUGCAGUGGUUCUACAAUUAAUUUCCCUAGAUAUCUUGAUUGGAUAUAUAAUAUUCAUUGUAUUUUCUUUAUCACGGUUCAGUCAGAUUUGUAUUAUAAUAUAAGAGUAGAUGCAAUGAUGAAUAGAUGUACAUUUUAGUUGAAAGGUUUUGCAUUGUGCUGUACUUUACACAGCUCCAUAUAGUCACUAGAAUUGCAAAUGACAAUAAAAAAGUAUGUAAUGUAGAUAUCGGUACAUAAUAUAUCCAGUUUUGUUUUUUCACUUCUCCAAAACUUAUUGACAGAUUCUUGACAAGAUGAGUUUUCUGGAUAAUUGAUGCUAUUGUAAAUUUAUUUAUUUAGCAAAAUUUUGAACUAGUUGAAAUUUUUGUAAUACAAAUAAAUAGCAACAUGAUUUUGAAUGAUUAGGGUUAUCUUUUCUCUGUCUUACCUGCUUAUUAAAUAUAUACAGUACAUAUCAAGAGUUACAAUCAACAUUCCUUUAAACAUGCUCAAUCCCUGUAGUGCAAUGAUCUGUGAAUUAUUCUUGGUGAAAAUAUAAUGCUGCAUCCAAAUGAACAAGUAUUUCUGGUGGGCAUGAGUGGUAAAGCUCUUCAGGGAGCAACUUUGAUGGGCAAACCAGUGGAAUGCCCAUGCCUGAGUUGAGCACAAUUGCCAGACAACGGGUGUGCUGCACUCAAGCAUCCACUGGUAGUACUGGCUAUGUGUCUGGCUACUUGUGAACUUGGAUCUGUAGACAACAAUUGGGCUUGUUUGACAAUUUGCCUCGUGAAGGCACUGCUUGCUGGCAUGUUUGAUUGUGCGGAUAUGGCUCAACAUACUUGUACAUUUUUGGUGCCAGGACGUGUAAUUCUUCACCUUUGCAACUUUGUAGCUGUAGGUGUAGUUGUCCACUACUUUAUUUUCUUAUACAUUGUAUCUGGAAUGAUUUGCAUUGUCUGAUUUGUCUGUUAAUUAUUAUAUAUCUGUGGUAAUUUUUAUUUCUAUAAUUUGUCUAGAUAUAUUAAGGUAUUAUUUGUGUGUGAUGCUGAUCAUCUUGCUGUUUACAUUGCAAAUAGAAUUGAUACUAUCCCUGCUUUAUUUGUGGCAGCCUAGCCUGAAAGAACAGUUCUUGUACCCUGGUAGCCUAGCAGUCAAGAGUGAAAUGCAUAGCAAACAGUUAUCUGCAUUAUUUGAAUGUCUAAAUUUACCAGCAUCAGUAGCUUAUCCAUAAUACCACUAUGACUGAUUUUGAAUUUUAUACAAGAAAUGCUAUAGCUGGCAGAAAUGCCAUAGCAGUAAAUAGCCUUUACAUACAAAAGUCCAAUCUUCAGCUGAACCAUCAUAUGGUAAUUACUAAAUAUCAGUUUUCUUCUGACAUAGUCUAUUUGUAAUGUUUUAUUUUUAAUGCUGUAUUAAAAAAAUGAUACAACUGUUUUCUAUGUUUCACAAAUUUGGACUGUGUUGAUUUUUCAGAUGCCAAGGCAUGAUAAAUUAACACUCAGAUUCCUGUGGCUUGCCCAUAACUUUUAAUGCAAUAGGAACAUAAUAACAAAAUAAAUAACAUUAAGACCAUAUUUAAGCAAAAGUAACUAUACACAUUAUUAGAGCAAAAAACAGAAAUAAAGCAAGAAAACGCCAACAAUAGGGAAGCGGUAAUUCAGCAACACCAGAACACCAAUAACAGCAAUAGCAAAGAAGAAAUAGUUGACAGCAUCAAAUGUGUGUAUCAUGAAUGACGUGAUGUUUAAUUAAUGAGAAAACAAUUGUGGAUGCAAAAGGCAUUAUGAAAAUCCAGUGUUCAUUUCUCCCAGUAAAUGUUUAAUCUCACCAGGUCAGAUUUAGAGUAGUUAUAUUUUGUGCUUACUGAACACAUUCCAGAUGAUUUUAACAGGGAUUAUUAACAGUAUUGACUAUAGUUUAGUUAAUAUUUUAAUUGUGUUUAUCUGACAUCAUGGUAUUGAUUAUGGUUAUAUCACAAUAUGUGAGAUUAUGUAUUAUCUAACAAUGGAUAAAUCGUACAGGUUUUUCCUUUAUUUGAUGACUACUCUACAAGUACAUUGGAGGUAUCUCCAGAAAGUGAAUUUAAUUAGUUAAUUACUAGGGCUUGGAUAAUGGUACUUAUUCUCUGCAGAUUAAUGAGAUUUCAAGAGAGAGGGAAAAGAUAGCAAAGAAAUUAAUAAUGCUAUGUCUUUAUGUUAAUGUAAUAAUUUGCGGAGAGUAUCUUAACUAUAAAAGCCACUGCCACUGCUCUACUUUUCCUCUCUUACAUUAGAAAAUAGACUUUGAUGAUCUCACUGACCGCUGUGAUUUUUCUGUUAUUUAAUAAUAUAAUUUUAAUGUUACUAAUUGCUGUAGUAACUUGUCGUUAGCUCCAUCAAUAACUUUCGAUAAUCGUAAUCUAGAAUCUCUUUUGCACAAAGUGGUAGUUUGUUUAUAUCGUUAGUGAUUUUUAAAAAUGUAUUUAUUUAUUUUUUUUUCUUAUUUUUUUAGUCUUUUUUUUUUCUUAGUUUCUUUCGUCUCCCAUUAGGUGGUACUUAAACUGCAGUGCUAUUAUGAAAUGUUUAGUGGGUUUAAGAAAGUGGAUAGUUGUGCAUGUUUUAGAAUGAAUAUAAAUGUCAUUAAAUUAUUAUAUAUUGUAUCGAGUAAGUGAAGAAAAUCAAUUGGAAAAUAUUGAUAUUGGAUGUUCUUUGCUCGCCAGAAUACCUUUUAAUGUGAUGAUGAAGUUUGACACUUGGUAACAGCUAAGCAUAUGAUGGGCCCAGAAUAGCAGUUAUUGUCAAGGUUAAGUAGCUGUUGUAUUGAAAUGCAAGAACUUGUUUAAGAUAUAACUGAAAGCUGCACAGUGUGUAUUUUCUUUUUUAUUGUAUUGUAAUGUAUCUUUCAUUAUUUUCUUUUAAUCAUCUCUUUUGUGCUUUGAUAAUCUUGUUAAGAGGUUCAUGGUUCUCAUGACACUGCAAUUUCAGGUAUAUUCUCUUAGUUAAGUAAUGUGUUUUUGUACUUGUGGAAGCAACAGUAGCCUAACUGAUCUAUGCUUAAUUAGAUUGACAUUAAUAACUCAUGGGUACUUUGAAGUUAUGAAAAUGCUCUCAAUUGGUGCAAUGAGUUUGACAUAUUUAUUUGAUAUUUAUUGCCAAGUGUCUUGAAUUUCGAAUUUUAAGUUUAGUGGUAGCUAAUAUUUAUAUAUGUCUGUGUGAUAAUCAGCUAUCUUCUAAAGAUGAAAAAAUAAAGACAUUUUACACA